AAAAAGUUAUAUUUUGGUUUGAUCUGACCAUAUGACAUUCUCCCAAUCCUCUUCUGGAUCAUGCAAAUGCUCUCUAGCAAACUUCAGGCAGGCCUGGACAUGUACUGGCUUAAGCAGGGGGACACGUCUGGCACUGCAGGAUUUAAGUCCCUGGCGGCGUAGCGUGUUACUGAUGGUAGGUUUUGUUACUUUGGUCCCAGCUCUCUGCAGGUCAUUCACUUGGUCCCCUCGUGUGGUUCUGGGAUUUUUGCUCACCGUUCUUGUGAUCAUUUUGACCCCACAAGGUGAGAUCUGGCGUGGAGCCCCAGAUCGAGGGAGAUUAUCAGUGUUCUUGUAUGUCUUCCAUUUCCUAAUAAUUGCUCCCACAGUUGAUUUCUUCAAACCACGCUGCUUACCUAUUACAGAUUCAGUCUUCCCGGCCUGGUGCAGGUCUACAAUUUUGUUUCUGGUGUCCUUUGACAGCUCUUUGGUUUUGGGCAUAGUACAUUUUGGAGUGUGACUGUUUGAGGUUGUGGACAGGUGUAUUUUAUACUGAUAACAAGUUCAAACAGGUGCCAUUAAUACAGGUAACGAGUGGAGGACAGAGGAGCCUCUUAAAGAAGAAGUUACAGGUCUGUGAGAGCCAGAAAUCUUGCUUGUUUGUAGGUGACCAAAUACUUAUUUUCCACCAUAAUUUGCAAAUGAAUUCAUUAAAAAUCCUACAAUGUGAUUUUCUGGAUUUUUUAAAUUAUUUUGCCUGUCAUAGUGGAAGUGUACCUAUGGUGAAAAUUACAGGCCUCUAUCAUCUUUUUAAGUGGGAGAACUUGCACAGUUGGUGGCUGACUAAAUACAUUUUUGCCCCACUGUAUAGUUUGUUAACAAUAAAUUUGUUGAGUGGUUGAAAAACUUGUUUUAAUGACUUCAACCUAAGUGUAUGUAAACCUCUGACUUCAACUAUCUAUCUAUAUAUAUAUAUAUAUAUAUAUAUAUAUAUAUCAGGGGUAUUCAAAUCUUACCCUACGAGGUCCAGAGCCUGCUGGUUUUCUUUACGACCUGAUAAUUGCAGAGGGGAAGAUUGGAUUUAAAGCAGUGGAACUGGCUUUGAUGUUCAGAUUUGAAUUUCAGGGUUAUAGACACUAGUAUACAUGGUCAUCUUGAAUGAGUUGAAAAAUAAACAUUUAAUCUACUGUACCAGAGCUACUAUGACAACGUCCCUCCCAACUUUAUUUUUCUGUUACCAUCUGUCUGGGUAGAGGGGAAGAUACGUGGCUGUCACUAUGACUCAGGGUUAUGGACAUUGUGAAACCCUGGCUGGAACAAAUGGGAGGGGUCUCCUGUAUAAAAGGUGUGCUGACAGGUGUCUCUGGAUCAGCAUGAUGAAGACACUGGGUGUUUUGGUUGCCUCUGCCCUGUUCCUGGGGUCCGCCUCGGCCGCCACUCUUGGAGUGGUGUACACUGAGGGAGGCAUGGUGCAAGGGAAAAAAGUCAAUUCUGAUGGACUCCUCCGCACCAUGGAUGUCUUCAAAGGAAUCCCCUACGCUGACAAGCCCGGCGUUUUUGAGAAGCCCAAGCGUCACCCUGGAUGGGAUGGUGUUCUUAAGGCUACAGAGUUCAAGCCGAGGUGCAUGCAGCUGAACUUGCUCCAGUCUGACACCCGUGGCCAAGAGGACUGCCUUUUCCUGAACAUCUGGGUCCCUCAGGGCCUCAGUGUUUCCACUGGGCUGCCAGUAAUGGUUUGGAUCUUUGGAGGUGGUUACCUGGUUGGAGGCUCUAUGGGCGCUAACUUCUUAGAUAACUAUCUGUACGACGGGGAGGAGAUUGCAAACAGGGGCAAAGUCAUUGUGGUGACUCUGGGUUACCGUGUGGGCACCCUGGGCUUCCUCAGCUCUGGAGAUGCCAGCGGACCUGGUAACUAUGGUUUGUGGGACCAGCAUGCUGCCAUUGCCUGGGUGAAUAGGAACAUCCGUGCCUUCGGAGGAGACCCCAACAACAUCACCGUCUUUGGAGAGUCUGCCGGCGCUGCUAGCGUCAGCUUCCAGACACUUUCUCCCCAUAACAAAGGGCUGAUCCGCAGGGCCAUCUCCCAGAGUGGCGUUGCUCUCUGCCCCUGGGCCAUCAACAACAACCCUCGUGCCUUUGCAGAGAUGGUUGCUGGGAAGGUGGGCUGCCCCAUUGAUGAUCAGAUGAUGGCCUGCCUGAAGCUCAUUGACGCUAAGGAGCUCACCCUUGCUGGUACCCUGUCCCUGGCUGGUUCUCCCUCCACGCCCAUAGUGAGCAACCUGGCCCUCUCCCCAGUGAUCGAUGGGGACUUCCUGCCUGAUCACCCAGGGAAACUGUUCCACAACGCUGCUGACAUUGACUACCUUGCAGGGGUCAACAGCAUGGAUGCCCACCUAUUCACUGGAUUAGAUUUACCCGCCGUCAACAAGCCACUCGCUAACCUCCCUCUGUCAGAUGUGAAACUGCUCCUGGGUUCUUUGACUAAGAAGGGAGAGGCCUCUAUCAAUAGCGCUUUCGCAGAGUACACGGCAGACUGGGGCGAUAAGCCCAGUCAGGAGACCAUCAAGAAGACUGUUGUUAUGAUCGAGACUGACUACGUCUUCCUGGUUCCUACCCAAGCUGCUCUCUAUCUGCACGCCUCCAAUGCCCAAUCUGCACGCACCUACUCCUACCUGUUCUCAGAGCCCAGCCGCAUGUCCGGGAUAGUUCUACCUUUCCCCAGCUGGAUGGAGGCUGAUCACGCUGAGGACCUGCAGUUUGUGUUCGGCAAGCCCUUCUCCACGCCCCUGGCAUACUGGCCCAAGUACCGCAAUGUCUCCAAAUACUUUAUUGCCUACUGGACCAACUUCGCCAGGACCGGAGACCCCAACAAGGGGGAGUCCAAUGUGCCUGUGACCUGGCCUGCAUACACCACCUCUGGGCAAAAGUACCUGGAGAUCAACGCCAAAAUGAACAGGAACUCCGUCCAUGAGAAGAUGAGGGUGCGCUUUGUGAACUGGUGGUCUAACACCCUUCCCUCUAUCUGAGGUAGUUCUCACUGAGCACAGGCUCCCUGAUGCAUAAUUGACAUCAUGCUACAUUCACAGCUGUACAGAUUGGUCUUGUUAUGUCACAAAUAAAUGCAAGGCUACUAGUACCACCAGAUGGAUUUCUGAUUGUAACCAUGUUUUCUUCAUAAGUAAAUUAAUGCAAUUAAGAAGUCUA